GAACUAAUGAGUCUGAUACUUUGGGGGAAAUCGAGGCGCAGUCACGUCGCCCCACCUCCCAUUUAAGGCAGGCGCGCUCCCGUGCGUGAGGCAAACUGUCACUACAGAGUAUUUAGGAAACCUCCUUCCUGUGUGCUGAACCACAAGCUGCAGAGCCACCAUGCAACUCCGUGCAAAGCAAACUCUUCUCAGUCUCCUGUCAGUGCUGAGUGUCUGUGCUGCUGCUGCGGACCCACACGCACCUGAAGUUCACACGAAGCUGGGCAGCCUGAGAGGUGAGUAUGUGAGUGUAAAGGGGAAGGAGCCCGGGGUCCACGCCUUCCUGGGUGUCCCGUUUGCCAAGCCACCGACAGGCCCUGCUCUGAGACUGGCUGCACCCCAGCCUGUGGAGGGAUGGGAGGGAACGAGAGACGCUACCAAGCAGCCUGACCUUUGUGUUCAGAAUAAACAGAUGCUUUUAGAUCUGAUAGCUAAAGUCGACAUCGAGAUGGCACAUGUUCCAGACAUGUCAGAAGACUGCCUCUACCUCAACAUCUACACCCCUGCAAACAGAGCUCAAGAUGCCAAGCUCCCGGUCAUGGUUUGGAUCCAUGGCGGAGGGUUUGUUUCAGGGUCAGCCUCAAUUUACGAUGGCUCCCCCUUGGCUGCUUACCAGGAUGUGGUCGUUGUUUUGAUCCAGUACCGAUUGGGAGCCCUGGGCUUCCUCAGCACUGGAGAUGAGCACAUGACCGGGAACUUUGGCUUGUUGGACCAGGUUGAAGCUCUGAGGUGGAUCCAGCAGCACAUUCACAACUUUGGCGGAGACCCAGAUUCAGUAACGGUAUUUGGGGAGUCUGCUGGUGGAGCGAGCGUAUCACUCCUGCUCCUCUCACCAUUGAUCGAAGGCCUGCUCCACCGUGGCAUCGCUGAGAGCGGCACUGCUGCAAUGGAUGUACUUCUGAUAAGUGAUCCUCUUCCACUGACAAAGAUGGCAGCAAAUGUAUCUGGCUGUAGCCUUGAAAGCACAGAGGAGAUCAGCCGCUGCAUGAAAAACCUUGACUUUGAUACUGUUGUGACUCUUGCAAAGGAUGAAACCUUAAGAUAUUUAGUAAACGUUGAUGGACACUUUCUGACAAAAACCGUGGAUGAGAUUUUCCAGAAACACGAACUUCACACUGUGCCUUUUAUGACUGGUGUUAAUAAUGAUGAAGGGGGCUGGUUACUUCCUAGUUUUCUUGCUCCUCCAAACUGGACUGAGGGAUUAGAUCGGGAGCAGGUGGUCAACAUAAUUUCUUUCUUUUUAAGUGAUCCUAAAACUGCGAUCAUCAGAGAUAUGAUGAUAGAUGAAUACAUCGGAACCGGUGAAGAUCGAGUGAAGAACAGAAAUGGAUUAUCUCAGUUGACUGGAGAUAUCUUGUUUACCUUUCCAGCUAUCAAGGCUGCUAAUGCCCACAGAGAUGCAGGCGCAGCUGUUUACCUGUACGAGUACCAGCAUGCUCCCAAUAUGCUGAAGGCAAAAAGGCCGAGCUUUGUUGGGUCUGACCAUGGGGAUGAAAUCUUCACAGUAUUAGGAUUCUGUUUCACAACCACCCAUGUCAAAUUACAUGAUGAAUGCCUAAAAGAGGAGGAAGAGCUCAGCAGAAUCAUGAUGAGCUACUGGGGCAACUUUGCUCGCACAGGUUCUCCUAAUGGGAACGGCCUUGUCCACUGGCCUAAGUAUGGAGCAGAAGAAGACUACCUGUCAAUUGCACUGACGGAGCAGACGCCUGCUCGGCAGCUGAAGAAGGAGCGCUUUGUCUUCGUGACUCAGACCAUCCCAGAGAGCGUCCGACAACAUAUAGAGAAGAUGGAGCGCAGCGAGCUGUAGAGGAGUCUGCUCUCCUUUCACCAUUCCAUCUCUUUUUUAAUCAUUAACCACUAACAAGUAUGUUAGAUAUUCUGUGAGACAUUUGUGAAACUUAAGGGGGAAAUAAAAAUUCUAACAUUUGUUGUACUUACUGUAACCUUUAGGAUGUAUCAUACAUUGUGUAUUAUUAAAUUAAAUGGUCUCAAAGUUUUGAAAUUCAAUCAAACUCAGCAGUAACUAGUUACAAGUUAACGUUGUUUAAAUAUAUAUACAGUAUAUCCUGCUUAUAUUGAUCAUCAGUUUUAAACUUGUGAUGUAUUAGUGAUCUACCAAUAUUAAAAUAUGGACUUAUA